AUGUCAAUGCUAUCUCCCGAGAUCAAAUUUGAGACUUCCAAAGUCACUGGAAGCUCCUUGGACAACUGCUUUCUGUUUGAGAGCAGCUGGAGGAAAGCGCUUUCAGAAACACAGAAGAUGAGGAAAGCAUUUGGUAUGGAAGAGCCCAAAGAAUGUUUCAAAAUGCCACAUUUACCAGAAUUGCCAAAGAGCUUAAGUUCAACUCCGCUAGAGAUUCAUAAACGGCUGCUGCGCUCUGAGACUGGGAUCCCUCCGAUCAGGGUAAAGAAGACCAGAGGGUCGUGCAGCAUGACAGCACUUCAGGAGAAGUCAAAAGGUUAUGUCUUCAGCGACCCUUUCACAGGGGCGCCCUCUCAGUUCUUACAGAGACUUUCCAAACUGGCCAUCCUGGAGUAUGACACUAUUCGGCAGGAAACAUGCAAGAAAUCAACAAGAGGCAAGAAGCGGGAUCUCCGAGACUGCUAAUAACCCCCAGCCAUGCGACGCUUUCUUCCCUGGGUUUGUACUUCACACUUGUCAUGUUUCUUUUUCUUUUUUUUUUUUUCAUUAUUUUUGAUAUGUGAUAUGAUAUACAUACAAACGGAAA